AUGAAUAUUUUUGCGUUAAGAUCAAGUUCUGCUGAUUUUCCUACCUCGCCUUUAAGAGCAAGCAAAAAAAUUGAGUGAGCAAAAACUAUCAAAUUGUUUUUAUAAAUAUUUUUUCUAUAUAAUUAAUAAUCAUUAUAUCAAGAUCUCUAGCUAAUUCAAUUAAAAUUAAGACAAUUUGCAUCUUUUAAAACAUAAAUUUUAUAAAUUGAACUAUAUAUAGGUUUUCUUUUCAAAUAUUUGCAAGUUUGGAUUUUAAAUUUGUAAACAUUUUUCUAUGUAAUUUUUAAAGCCCAACCUUUAAGAUAAACCAAAACAUCUUGCUCGGCUUUAUACGGAGUAAGCGAUCUUCAUUACCAAAUUUAAGCCAACAAAAUAUAGAUUCCAGGAUUGCAAUUCAUUCUAGCUUGCGAGAAUCAUCAGAAAAAUUCAAUCCAAAAAUUCCAGCUUUUUCCCAAACAACAAGAAGAACUCGACGCUUUCAAAGCGAAGAUGGCGAAAAAGAAGCUGUAGGCUCGUUAGAAAAAUGAGAAGAAAACGUCCGAGGAAUUGAAACAGUCGAAAAUUUAAUUGAAGCUCAGCAAAGACUAAAACGAAGACUUAGUCAUGCAGAUGUCGUUGAGCAGCAUUUAUCAUUAAGAAAAUCCAAAGAAAGAUCGUCAUCAUCUGUAAAUAAAAUCACACCGAAAAACUCCUUUGGACAAGUGCAAGAGACAGCUGAAAUGAGAUUAAUAAAAAAACAAGAAGAGUAUGAAAAUAAAGAAAAAUCAAAAUUUAAUAAAAGUUAUGAAGAUGAAUUGAAGAAAAUUUGAAUAGAAUUAGAAAAAGAGUAUGUAAAAGUUAAUGAUAGGAGAGAAUUAUUAAGAAAAGAAUGCUUAGAAAUGAGAGAAGAAAUGAAAAAUGUGCAAGAUGCUUACUCAGAAUGAAAAAAUGAUGUUGCUGAGGCUGAAAGGAAGGCUAAGCUAAAUAAAAGAAAAAAUCAAGAAGAAAUUGCAGCAAUUCUUUCUAGAAAGCAAAACAGAAGGGAAGAGCUGAACAGAAAAGAAGCUGAAACUAAUUUGAUUAUUGAACAAAUAUUGAAGGAAAUUAAAAAUAGAACAGAUGAACUUGAAGAGCUUGAUGACAAAGCAGGCCUUUUGAGAAAACAAAUAAACUCAGUGCAAGCUGCACAAUCUACACACUUUUAUGGACUUCUUCUUGAAGGGAAAGAUACUCGAAGCGAAGGCCUCAAAUGGAUCAUAAAAGCUCUAUGAAAACUCAAUGAAAUCCCUCAGCCUGAGCAUUUCCCAAGAUUUUUAGACACUUUAGCUAUUAAUUCCCUAAAUCUCCUUGCUAAAAAAAGCUUAGAAAUAGAUGAGCAAUCAGAAAUUUUGUUAUCCCAGGCUGAAAGAAAAUCAAACACUCCAGCUUUUACUGACUCCCCCUCCUACUUGAGGAAUUAAACCAUAAGAAACAUCGCUAUAUUUUUUAAUAAAAUUUUUUUAUAUAAAUAUUUUUAUGAAAAAAAAUUGAUAUAUAAGUGAUAAUUAUUAUUAUUAUUAUUAUUAUUACGAAAUCUCUUGUUAAAAUUUAAACUUCUUACAUUUGAAACGUAAAUUUGCAAAUUAAACUAAUUUUUACUUUCAAUUUUUGGGGAUUUUUUUAAAUUUCAAAAAAAAUUUUUGUAUAAAAUUUAUAAAAAAAGCCUUUUUCUUCUACAGAGGACAAGAGUGAGAGAAAUAGAUGAAACAAUAUUCAAGAAAGACUUACAAAACUGACACAAAAUAUCAGAAUGAAAAAGCCCGAAUAUAAAAUAGAUAAACACACAAAAAGAAUGAACUUGUUCUGAGAAAUCUACGAUGAAGAUGAAACCGCCAUGAAAAAAUCAAAAGAAAGGUUUGAAGGAAUCAGUGGAGUUAUGAUUCUAGAGAAUAUAUUAACAAAACUGAGAAACGAAUAUCUUGAAAUGCAAGAAAAUGAAAUAAAGAGACUUACUCGGGAGUGCUCGCUAAACAACUAUGAAAUAAAAUACAAGAUUAAUCUCAGAGACCUUAUAUCAGUUAUAAUUGGGAUUGAAAGAGUUGAUAAAUACAUGGUUUAUGUAAAUAAAAAUUUGCGAGACUUGACAAACAAAGUCCAAACCACAAAAACUUUUAAAUUUUCUGCAUGUAAUAAUUAA